AUGCUCAAACUCAAAAAUGCCUGCACAACUACGAAGGUUGUUUGCAUAUCUUUUAUGUUACUGCAGCAUAGACUGGAAUUAUGGCGUAAAUUCAAAAGGCAUUUCAUAGAAGAUUACGCGCGCAGAGGUGAGUCUGAGGAAAUCGCAGAAGUGAAAGCACUUAGACGAGUUGACAACAUUCUGCCGUAUCUGGGAACCAGCUUAAGCGUCUACGGCAUUUCCAUACCCGAAACAAACGAACCGAUCAACCAUGACGAUGAUGAUUCUGACAACGACGGUGGAGUACAACACGAUGGCAAUAUUGUUGCGCCCGUAGAAGAAAUUAUCGAUCGUAUGAAUGUUGAACAAAGGUUAUGCUACGAGCAAGUAAAAAAUGCCGUACUAAACGACGCUAACCACGAUCGUAGAUUUUUUAUCUAUGGUAGCGCCGGGUGUGGAAAAACGUACCUGUAUAAUACCAUCAUUGAUUUGCUGGCCAGACGAAACAUAUCGGCGAUCGUGGUAGCUUUUACAGGUAUUGCCGCCCUGUUAUUGCGAGGAGGACAAACGGCACAUUCAAAGUUCAAGCUACCCAUUGAUCUUUCCCCUGAGAGCACUUCUACAAUAAUGGCACAAAGUGAAGAAGCACAAAUGUUGAGAGAUGCGAAACUUUUAAUAUUUGACGAAAUAUCAAUGGCCAGAUAUGAAAUAAUUAGUAUAAUAGACAGAUGUUUAAGGGAUAUUCGCCAAGAUGAAAGACCAUUCGGCAAUAUUGUCACUAUAUUGGGCGGUGAUAUAAAACAACUGCUACCAAUCGUUAGCGGAGGAAGAGCAAAACAGUUACAAUCGCUCUUCUACCAUUGUAACGAAUGGCAUAGUUGCAAGCACAUGAAACUCAACGUGAACAUGCGUGCUGAUCCCGCCGAACUGGAAUUUGCAAAUUGGCUCGAAAAGAUUGGUCGGCAUAGCCCAGAGAUUCGAAUAACCCAUCCACGAUCGAUGAGAACCGAUUUAGUUCAAAUACCGAAUGAAUGCGUGGUGGAAGACGUUGUGGGAGCCAUAUACGGUGAUAUCGAUUUCAAAUUCCCAACUUUUCCACAAUUAUUAGCAGACCGCUCAAUAAUUUGCCUAAGUAACGACGUCUGCACCGAGAUAAAUAAUAAGAUGCUGAGACGGUUGCCAGGCGAUAUCGUGACCGUUUACAGUGUCGAUAAUGUCGACUCUGACAAUCCGCAAGACGCAGAAAAUUUCCUGAUGGAAUUUCUGAAUCGUAUCAAAUACGGCGGCUUACCUGAUCACGAAUUAAUGCUUAAGGUAGGCGCACCCGUCAUUUUGCUGCGAGAUCAGGCUUGGUGA